AGAGCACAAGUCCUUGCGAUUCCGAAAGCAAUCACCAAAACGACCGGCGCCCAGCACCAUGCCGGAGAUGUUCCAGCGCGUGGUGCUUCCGGCACCGGUGACGCAGUACUUGGACACGUGCAAGCUCGACACGGCGCUGGCGGACGCUAUGAACGAAACCACGACCGCGUUGUCUCCCGACCCGUUUGGCGAUUUAGUGCUGCGGCUCAGCGAAAAAUUGGCGGAUACACCGGCGGCACCAGCCAGCGAAUUUGAAGGUGGAAAUGGUAAGGGUGCGAGCUCUAGCUCCAGCGCAUCAGGUUCUGGCUCGUCCUCUUCCUCCUCCUCGUCGCGGCAGAAGCCGCUCGGCGGCCCGCAAUUCGGUAAGAUCCGGGUUGUGAAAACACCCGACGCGACAAAUCCAAGAAGGGUGCUGGAAGUCAUCAUGAACGUGCGGGGGGCGCCGGUAGACAUCAAUACUGUGUCGGUUUUGGAAAAUUUUAUGUUGAUUUUUUUCUAACGUGGCACUACUGGUGCUUCGUGGUUUUGCAAGUUCGUUGGUUCUUCUCGUUCGUCUUCAAGAAAGAGCCCAAUGAUAAGUACCCCAGAAAUCGCAAAAAUCGCUCCUUAGGUUCGCGUCCACAGUUUCGGGUUAGACGUGCGAAUACCGCCACCGCCCGCCGCCGAGAACUACGAGGGUGCACACAACCAGUUUCGCCCCCUCUCAUGAACAGCAACAGAAACUGUGGGGUGCAUGUUUUUGGAUGACAGAGGUCACCUCCAUGGGAGAAGUCAGACUUUCGUACGGUCGUAAGUUUGCUACAGCAUAUUUUUUCAUGCAGCGCGUUUCAACAAACAGGGAACUUGCUUCUUCCGAAGUAAGUCUGAAUUGCUCUUUCGCGUGACAAACGACAUGGGGUCGUGGCAGGCCUUGUGCACUGUUAUAAAGCCGGAUCCGAGGGGAGUGGUGUAAAGUCGGCGAGCAAUCCGGGCUCUGGGACGGGAAGCAACGGCAGCAGCACGGGCGGCAUGUUCACGCCAACUGUUUUCGAGCUGGAGUGUUUCUGUGGUGCGUUGUUCCAAAGUAGCCGCACGGAGCUGCUGGAUUUAGGACCGGUAUUGAUUCAUUGUAAAUUUGCAUUUUCAUUCUCCCUUCUUCUUUUGGCCUGAUUUUCGACUUGGCAUGCAAUGCGAAUGCCUAUGCCAAGCAGCGUAAGCAGGAAGCUUGUCCCCCUGUCGUGCGUACCCACAAGUAGAGCAUGGAGCUGCGUGGCUCGCAAAUUUCAUUGCGAUCCUCUCAUCUUCCCCACCGCGUGUUCUUUUUUCAACAGAUGUUUCUGCCCGAAGUGUUGGAGUCUCUGUUCCCAACCUAUCAGAAUGAAAAAUCCCCCCUCCCCAUAUCGAGAAGGUAUGUUUCCGAAAAUUUGUGUUGCUGAUUUGAGGUCGCAAAUCGCAUUUGUCUUGCAAGAAGACAAGGGCAGAAGCUUCCGCCCCAUUAUGGAAGCGAUUUGUCAUGCUGUUUGGCCUAAAAGUGGGCCGCUUGCCGUGCUGAACAACUAGACCCAUACGCCCCUACCUAGCCUGGGGAUCUGGCCGCAGUGCCUCUCUGCAAUACAAACCAGAUUUGUGCACUCAGAUGCAGCAUCACAAAUUUCGUUUUCGAUAUGGGGAGGGGGGAUUUUUCCUUUUGAUACAACCACCAGCGGCUCUUCCUCCCGCCCGGGCACCGGCAUGACGCGCCCGGUUUCACUAUCUUGAGUAAAAACAUUUCCAUCCCACCAGAGUUCUUGUCAUGUCUGUGUAUUCGCAUGCCCAGACUCUUGUGUGUCAUGCGCAGUGGUCCCAUGAGGAGCAUUGAUUUUCUCAUGCUGUCUGGAAGGAUAGGGACAGCUUGAUUUGUGACGUGGCUCUUCCAGCCAGCCACGACUACACUGGAGACCCAAACCUGUAAUGCGCAACAGCCAAGAUGUUUUGGUCGUCAUCUUGCCUCUGGGUUGGGCACGACGUUUUCCCACGUGAUAAUCCGCGGCGAGUCGCAUGCUGUCCGGAUCGGACACCGAGCGGCCGAAGACGGGGUAUGCAUUGCGAAUGUGUCUGGGCCUGGAAAAUUGUUAGCUUUGUCAUUCCGGUUUUACUUACAUUCCCCAUGGGGCCUGGAUGCUGGACCUACCAUGACGGAUUGUGUGUGAUCUUUAUUUUUGUGUGACCACCGUCACGACGGCACAUCAGAAGUUCGCACUCUUCCAGACGAUCCAGACACUACAUUUGGAAUGCAUACGGGGACAAACCGCACAAACUCCGCGCUGUCCAGCCGCGCAAGAAGACAGAAGUACCAGUCGUUUAGUCUCCGGAUGCAGGGGAAUCUCUGUCUGGCGUUAUCAACUGCAAAAAUGUCUGGGUCUGGAAACUUGUAAUGCUGCGUUGGGAAUAGUGAAUGCUCUGUAAUGCACAGGCAAGCGUGAGAAAUAUCUGCGCUUCUUUGUGUUGCGUUUUUCGCAUGACAAACUGCGUUUUUGCAUGCCGGUCAUAAGGGUCUCUUCUUGGACACGCAUCACACACUUUUUGGUCAUGCCAGACAAGCAUGACAAAUCUCAAAUUCUUCCAGACCCAGACGUUUUUGCAUUUGAUAGGCGUACUCAAAAAUCAACUCCGGCGAAACGGUGUAUCACAGAGAAAAAAGCAGGCAGGCCACAUUUGUAAUGCAAAAAUAAAUACACAAAAAAAUCUGUGUUGCAUAUCCUAAACUGCAUGGUAUGGGGCCCCCCAUGGCCGAUUUUUCUGUGUUGUACUCAUUUUUGCGUUACAAAUUUGCCCUGCCGGCUUUUUUCUCUGGGAUACGGUGUUCGAACUGCUGAUGAGCAACGAGGUGAGCAGUGUGGUGAAGCCAAAAACUUUGGACAAACGGCUGCCCGAGUUUUUUUGCGGGAUCGUGUAUCUGAAGUUGCCCGAGGGGUCUGAGUAUCAAAUGCAAAUAUGUCUGGGUCUGGAAAAUUCCGAGAUUUGUCAUGCAGUUUUUCCAAGCCUCACCAAGUCUGGAAUGCAGGGCCUAGCGUCACAGGUGCUGCAGCCCCUUGGUGAUGCCUAUUCUGCAUGAGAAACGGUCUCUCGGCAGGGCUAGAAAUGGGGACCUUUUGCAAGUCAUGCAGCACAGAUUUUUGUGUGAUCCGCGACACGCAUCACAAGUUCGCACCCUUCCAGACCCAGACAUUUUUGCAGUCGAUACCGAGGACGGCGGAGAAGAGGAGCCACCGGUGCCGGACGAGGAGCCUGCGCUGGAGGAAAAUCCGAAGUUGCCGCUGUGGGCAAAAAAGGCCCCCUUCGUCGGGGUGUCGAUUCCCUGGACCAGUGCGCUAGCGGAGGGCGUUGGGGACGAGGCGAGCGGGUUUGCGAACGGAAUCGAAGGCCGGACGAGUAUACUAAGAGGAGCGGUUUUGAUGUAUCUCUAGUGCAGAUGAUAGAAUUUUUGAACUAGCUACAGCUAUGGUUUUCCUUUUCUCCUCAUUGUUUCUAUUGCGUUAUGAUGCAACUUAUUUUCCACUGCAACAAGGUAUGCCGACCAACGCGUGGAGCCGGAUGGCGAUGAUAACAGAAAAAGUGAAUGAGGCGCUCAAGGGUUUAGUGGGGGAGCAGCUUGUUGUCGAAGAUGGGAUUUUAGUUUCGAAAAGCAUCGAGGACGGCUUCGCAGUCGUUAGGCAGGCGGCGGAGAGCGUUUUGGUACUUCCUGCGUACUAAAGCUUUACCUGGUCAUUUCUGUUUCAUAGUCGCAUGAGAAUUUUUCAAGUACUGUGGAAAUAUUUUGCACUGCAAGAUACAGGCAGGUGCAGGUGUAGUUGACGUAGUUUACAACUUUGUUGUGCAAAGAAUCAAUUGCGGCGGAAUUGCAGCAAUUUUGUAUUCGUUUUCAUCAUUACAGGCACCUCCUUCCGAGUCCUUCAAGAUGCCGUCUAAUACGAUGAUAGAAGAAGAAGACGAGAAGUUUUCUUUCACGCCGAUUCUAUCCAUUCCGGACGAAUUCACCCCAACCACGGCGCCGCUCGAAAUCCCGGAUACAGUUCUGGAAACGAACCCAAAUCUCAGGAUUUUUGGCUCCCCGCUGGCCUACAAAGCUUUCGACGUGGAGCGCGUUCCAGGUAUGAUGUUGAGUGUGAACAGGAAAUUAGAAAGCUGUAUUUUUUCGUUUGAAAAAUGUGCGUGGCUUUGUGUGUUUGUCAUGCAGUAGUGCUAGAAGUGUCCUCGCAAGGUCCACCUCCGAUACGCAGAGAGUUCGGGUCGUGCAAACAUCAAGCUGAAUACAUUCCUACCACAACGCGAACCACAGCCGCGCUCCAAACCACGCUGGCGCCCAUCAACUUCGACUCGCCUCUGGCCUACGCUCAGCAGGCACUCCGGGAGCCCUUGAAGAAGCCGAUUUUCGGCUUCUCCAAUGAACUAUUUGUGACCUGCACGGUAUCCCAGAAAAAAACUGCGUUAGUGUAGGUGUCUUGGGGUGACAGCAUGAGAAAUUUGUUCUGCAUGACAAAAAAAUCGUGUCAUGCACAGCUAGCAAGUGAAAACACGUUUGAAAAGAGGGCAUUAUGAGUGGCCAGCAUGGCAAGUGUAACUGUAUGGCGUGCUUUGCAUUACAGACUUACACUCUCACAGUUUUUUCUUGCAUACACAGAAUCCAGUGGGGUUCUUAGCACGGGCGACGACAGCCUGAAUUACCCCUUUUUGGACAUUAUUCUCGCAUCUGAUUUAUGCAUCGCAAAUAUGUUGUCAUCUUGGUCUUUGUCUAGAAGAUUGCAAGAUUUGCCAUGCUUGUGUCUGGCAUGCCUCUACUGAUUCUUACAGGCCUGGCGAGAUCCUUUUUUCCAUUGUCAUGAAAACUAAGACGCUGGUCGAUCCGGAUGAAUACAAAACACAUUGGCACUCAAAAAUAAUUGCAGUGAGCUCAUAAUUGCUUUCAGAUGACUCGCAUCGCAAAUUUCGAGACCCAGCAGACCUAUUUGCACUUGAUAGGAUUGCGCGGUCCUUUACCUGGCCGGAUCGGGCAUCAGCAGCGAAAACGCGCUGGAGAAACGGUUCCAAUUUCUGAUGGAGAACGUGGACGCGGAUUUGUAUCUGCCGGCGUUCGUUCCAGUGAUGGAGCCUAUGGAACCCUUUGGCGGCGACAGCAACGUCGGAUCCGGGGUAGCGGGAAGCGGAGUCGGUUCGGGCGUGGGGAGUCGACAAAACACACCGGCGGCUGCGUAAAAGGGGGAGCGCUUUCGGUUUUUUUGUGAAUAAUUUCUGGAGUGACGACUUGUAUAGAAGAAGAGUAUAUUAGUAUGCGUUUCCAUAAUUACUACACAAGGAAGUGGGGAGAAGGCCUGAAAUAUUUAAAUCCGAAGAAAUUGUCACCACACUAGUUGUAACGCGUUUCUUGCUGCAGUCGUUACGAAGGGAAGAAAUUAGAGAAAACCCAUUUAUACACAAUUGAUGGAGGGCGAGGGUCUUCCUACUUCAGAACAGUAUCACACUCACCGAGCAGUUCGCUAUUCGGAUCCAGCGCUUGUUACGGCUCACGGAUAAUGCUUCAGCAAGGUGCUGGCGAAAAGGAAUUAUGUGAGGGUUGUAAAAUUAACGUUCGUGGUGUGAUAAGUCGAAACGAGUUCCGCUGGAGUAGUUCCGGCAGUUUUCAUGCAGCCCAACUGGAUUGCGG